AUGGCGGCGCCCUUGUCUCUUCAGCUGGAGUUCGGGUAAGGGAGGCGCCAUCGGGGCGGCGGAGGGUUUCCUCGCCGAGAUCCCGCGUGGGGAGCUCAGCCGGUGAAGGGGGUGCUUGGUCUGGAGGUGGAGGGUCAGGGUUUGGGUUUGGGGUGAGAGUGUUCUUUUUGGGCGGGUGGAGGGAAACGGGGGUGCCAUUGUUUCCCAUUUGGUUUCUAAAGCUUCCUUUCUUCGCCCUCACAGGCUACUCUUCUCCCCAUAGGAAUCUUUCUUUCCCUACCUCGCCCCGCCCCCCACGCCCCGCACUCCCCAACAGCAGGGACUCGGGACAGUCGCUUGUCCCCGCCUCCCACAGCAAUGCAGGAAUCGCAUCUAAACACAGGGAUCACACAAUGACUCCUCUCAACAAGGGGAGGUGACAAAUCAAGGCUUUUAGCUUAGGAAAAAGGAAGCCAACGGGGAACACAGGGGAGGGGCGCAAAGUUAUGCACGGUGCGGAGAAAGUGGAGAGGCAUACACUUUCCUCCCUCAUAAAUACAUACAAUAUCUUCUCAUUAUUUGUUUAAAAGCACCAUAGAUUAAAAGAGGGUGCUGUGUGUGUGUAUACUUCUUGAUUCCCAGUGGUUUGUGGGGGGUGGAGUUCAUACUGGGGCAACCUGGUGGUGAUGGGGACUAAGAAUGGGGUGCCUAGAGACUUAACAGGCAAGGUAGAUUUCCUCCAAUCAACUUAAAGUUACUUGUGGACUUUAAAAGGGUUGGGAGGCAGAGAACUGAAAAUGAGACUGUCUGUCAUUGGUGCUUGUGACUAUGCCAAGGUGGCAGAUUCACAGGUUUCAUGAGAAGGAAAGCUUGCAUGAAGAUAGCCCUGUCCAGUUUUGGCCCACAAAUGAGGCUUCCUAUUCUAGGAGUGAAAUGAAGUGGGUAAGAAUUUGGUUAUACUAAAGAAAGGUAUAUAAAUAAUAAAAUUUGUGUCAGAUUAAAGGAACUUGAUGAAGAGAAAGGAAACUACAGGGCAUCAUAUACCAGUAUUGUGUCAUUUAACUGUUCUCUGUACAUUCAAAGAGUUGUUCCUUAAACUCCCCCUCCCCACAAAGAAUCCAUUUUCAUUUAAAGUCAUCGCUGGUAUGUGUGAAGUAACAAUAAAGAAUGAUUUUGAGCAUAUGCAGAAUGGCCAUUUUCUCAGUAGGCAUAGGCAGAACCAAUUCCUACAUACGUGCCUUUAGUGUUUCAGGAUAGAAUACGGUUGGGGACCUGGCAGCCCAGUGGUCUAAUUAGGGCAGCCAAAUGGCAAGGUCCUAUCAGCCAAGUCAUUCUCACCUCCCACAUACUUAAUGUUAGGUGUGGGGCAGGUAAAGUAAACAGGAGGUUGCAGGCACCACCAAUCAGUUGACUGCUGGGUCAUGAGAAGCCCUUUUCAGAGCACUAGCUUGCAGUGGAAGGUAUGAGUUCCAACACCUUUUGUUUUAGAAAUGCAGAAAUUUAGCACCUGAAGGAACAUAGUCUGCCACUAUCCUUUAAAUCAUGUUGCUAACCUGUAGCCCCCCCAGGUUUUUCUGGACUUCAAUCUCCCAUCAGCUGCUGCCAGCACAGCCAGUGGCCUGGAAUGAUGAGAGGUGUAGGGUAGCAAAAUUUAGAGCAGUGUUUCCCAAACUUGGGACUCCAGCUGUUUUUGGACUACAACUCCCAUCAUCCCUUGCCAGCAAGACCAGUGGUCAGAGAUGAUGAGAACUGUAGUCCCAAAGCAGCUGGAGAUCCAAGUUUGGAAAAUACUGAUCUAGAUGGUCACAUGUUAGCCUCUCCUGAUUUUAAUGGUUCAUCAGGCUUGACCCGCGUAUGAGAUGGCUGCAUAUUCCUGCAUUGCAGGGGGUUGAACUAGAUGAUCCUCAGUGUCCCUUCCAAUUCUAUGUCUAUGAUUCUAUUUGUUGAAUAAAGAGCUAGACAUUUUAAGGACCACAAAAUAAUUACAUUGUAAACAACCCUGUGAUCCUCAGACGAAGGAUGGCAAAGAAAAUGAAUGAAUGAAUGAAUGAAUGCACAAAGUGGUAUGAAACAAUAUUACGUCAUUAGUGCCAUGUAGGUGGCUCAGUCUUGAAUGUAUUUCCCUUCUCGGUAAUGUUGAAAGGGAGAUAAAAAUCCAGCUAGGCAUCAGACAUCAAGGUGCUUGAUGUUUAGUUUUCAAAUGCUGCUUUCUGCAUUGAAUAGUCUGAAGUCAUUCUGUAGUUAAGUGUUUAUUAUAAGGCCCAUGAAAAUAGGUCUCAGAGGAAAGUGAUGAAUGAGUCUGUCAAGCAGUCUUCCUCGCCCUGGUGCUACAAAUGUUGUAAUCCAACUCCCAGUAUUCCUGACCAUUGGCCACGUUGACCAGGGCUGAUGAGUUGUAGUCCAAAGCAUUUGGAGAUCACCAGACUGAGGACAUCUGCUGUAAAAGUUUACAAAAAGGCACUCUUGUUAAAGAGGGGGUUUGAACAUCACUUAGCCUGGCGUGCUCUGGUCCAUGGGGUCACGAAGAGUCGGACACGACUAAACAACAAUAGCAAAGCAUACAUGUGAAGUACAGGACUCCUUCCAGAAUGGGAAUAGACUGGAUUGCAACUUUUGACUAUAUAUGUAAUCAAGAAAAGAAGGAAAUCAAGCAUGCAACAUUGGCAUCAAACAAAAGGGAAGCAACACAACUAUGAAAAAGAGAAAUGCCAGUAUCUCUAGUCCCUAAAAGUUUGUGCUACAGUGAAUAUGUUGAGUUUUUGAAAUAUCACAGGUAUAGAAAGGAAACAAAUUAUCCUUCUUUAAACAAACAAGCCCACCUGUGACUUUGCAAAUGUUUCCCUCAGUAUCUGAUGGUGUCCCCUCUCUCCUGCAGUUGGCUAUAACUGUCUCUGUCUAGUGGUAGUGCAUUAACUAGAAUGGUGGGUCUUGAUGGGGAAAACCCGGGGGAAAUUGCAUUCUCAGUGAGCUAGGAUAUGAAUUCACACUUAUCAGAACCAAACCUGCUAUGAUAAUGUAGAUGAAGUGCCUUGUGCCUUAGAUACUGUUUACAUAUGUUAAUUUCCAGAGGGGCUGCCAUGUUUUUCAUAACAAAAAGAGCAAAAGGGUUUGUAGCACAUUGAAGGCUGACAAAUUUAUUAUGGCAUAAAUGUUUGUGGACUGCAAUGGAGAAAGCUGUGGCCCUCCCAGUUGUUGCUGGACUCCCAGCUCCUAUCAGCCACAUCCAGCAUGGUCAGUGGUCGGGGAUGAUGAGAGUUGUGUGUCCAACAGCAUCUGGAGGACCUUAGGGUCCACAUCCCUGAUUUACAUCCUAGAGGGGUACACUAUUAAACUUAAAUUCAGCCUUCACCAACAAUGCUUUGGUUCAGAACUUCCAUUAUGCUGCCUGGAGCCACUUACAGUCCAGAGCAUCUGGAGAACAUUAGGCUGGUGGAAGCUACUUCUGAAGAGAUUUUAAGAUGUGCCCCAUUUUACUAUGUAAACGUAUGGAGAACAUUUAGUUGAAAUAUGGUAUAUAAACAUUCUAAAUAAACUCCCCAUCAGUUCUAGUAGAUACCUUUCUCCAAACCUUGAAGGGUUUCUUCGACUUAAAUAAAUAAUGUCCUUUCUCCAUGCUCGCACCAUCUAGUACAUCGUUUUGAGAUAACUACUCCGCCCAUGCUAGCCACUGUAGAACUGAUUUCCAGAAAAGCAGUGUUUAUUUGGUCCCCCCCACACUUUUCUUGGAAGUGCCUAAAAGAGUGCUCUAUGUGUUCACAUUGCAGCUGAGUUCUCCCCCCAGCUAGUAUGCUACAGAAGGACCUUAUCUCCCAUCCCAGUAUCUGCGAUUAACACAAAGUGUGAGCUUGUUUUCACAGCAAGCAGAAAGAUGCCUCUUUCCUAUCAUUGGUAGGGAUUGUUCUCACUCAUGAAUCUCCAGAUUUGUCUGACAUUAAUAACUGCUACUUCAGUUUUCAGUUAACCGUUUUUCUUUUUUGUUGAGCCUAGAUAGCACUAACAGAGCAAUCCUUGGGGAGUGUGGCUUUGUAUAAGUAAUAGCAUUGCAGUGAGCAUUACAAAGGCACUGUUGUGCUGUUCUAUAGUACAGCCAAAAAUCUCCCUCCACGUAACUAGAUUUAAAGGGACUGGGUCUAAUGCUAAUAUUUCACCGUAAGUAUUUUGAUAAUUCCUUUUCCAUAUCUCUCUGUUAACAUGGCAAUCAUGAAUCAUGUGGAUGCCAAGAAGCCAGUCCCAAUUAACUGCUGGAGUAGAUUUUGAUGAUGGCUCAUUCCCUCAUGGCUCCAUGGUUAGAUGUUGCCUGCUCUCCAUCAAUCUCAGCUGUGUGUCUUAAGUAGUAUUCCUGUGCACCAGCCUUUCCCAACCUGGUGUCCUCCAGCUCUUGUUGGACUACGACUCAUCAUCAGUUCUAGCCAGCAUGGCCAAGGUCAAGUAUGAUGGAAGUUAUAGUUGAGCAACACCUGAAGGGUGCCAGGUUGGUAUGUGCUUUUCUGGAACUAAGUGAGGUUUUUCCUUGAGCAGGUAUAUAUAGAAUUGAUGAUGGUUCAGGCCUGUGCUGAACAGAUUCCUCAAUUGAAACUUUCUCUAUAUGUUUCUUCUCGUCCUUCAGAAAUGCUAGAAGAUGCUUUAUUUACAUUGUAGUUCUCUCUCCUUCCCUAAUACAUCCUCUUCCCCUUAUAUAUGUGUUUUUCUUUUAAUACUGAUGUGGAUUGGUUUUCAAUGGGGCUAUUAGAUAAGUUGCAGAGCCAACUCUACUGGUAGGCAAAGUGAGGCAGCCAACCUGGAUGGCAAAUGGGGCAGCAGCUACAGAACAGUGGUGGCAGCCUCCUGCAGUUGAUCUUUCUGAACCCCCUUAAGAAGACAGAGCUCAGUUUAUCACACACCCUGCCAUGUGCCCCCUAGGCUGCCCCUUCUCCUCUCUGUUAAGAAGGAAGGAGGACAACCAUUGAGGAAUAGGAUUCAGUUGCCAAUUGAGUAGGCUUCUCUGUGUGAAAUGAGAGGGUGUAGGUUGUAUCUUGUCCUUUUCCUCAGGCAUCAAAUUGUCUUGGAUCAACCCUGUAUGCUAAGUCAAUGAGUUAAUUUAUUGCAUUUGCACAUGAAGUAAUGCACAUGAAGUGAGGGGUAUGUAGAGGGGAAACACCUUAGUUUGUUUUUAAUUAUGCAUGCAAUAUAAAAGGCUGGUGCCUCUAUGAUUUUUGUCUUUCAGAAUGUUGCUGAUUAUGUGUUUCUUGUCUUAAAUUUUCAGAGGUGGAGCAGAGCUCUUGUUUGAUGGGAUAAGAAAACAUCAGGUGACUCUGCCCAGCCAGAAAAAACCUUGUGAGUAUUUUGACUGUUCUGUCUUCUUCUGGCCCAGACUUGGUUCUUAUUGAUAGAACAGGUUUUCAUUUUCAUCUUGGUCCAUUUGUGAAGCUUUUAUACUCGAGGUCCAGUGGCACAUGGGAAACUGCCUUAUGGUAGAUCAGACUAUUUGUCCACUUCCUAGGCUUGAUGUCUCCUUGAUUUUGGGCAGAGAAAGCCCUCUCCAGUUGCCUGCAACUCAACAUUGCUGUGAUGUCAGGGGGUGAUGCAUUUUGAAGCCCUGAUUGCUGGAACUUCAAAGCACAGCAUGGUUUGUUUGAAACAGUUCCAUUCUGUUAUUUGAAUCUCCAAAAACCAGAGGUUCAAGUAGCAGCGCUGGGAGGGAAAAGGAGUAUCCAUGCCUUGGAAACAGCUUUUCUUUCAUGGAGCAAGAAGUGAUGAUGGAUGAUGGGAGCAUGUUAAGGAACAAUUGGGAGCUCCUUUCAAGCCAUUAUUUGCUCCACAUUGGACAUUUUUAUGUCGAGUGUAGGGUGGUGGGCAUGAUUUACCCAAAACAGCCUCAUGGGCCAAAUGGGGAGGUCUGGCAGGCCAAGUUUGGCCUGGAGGUUCCACACCCCUGCUUUAACUGGAGGAGCCAAGGACCUUCUUCAGGGAAAUCAGGGGCUCAGCUGCUGCUUCAUUGAUCCAGGUGGCUUCUGGUCCCUAUUCAUGCAUGUUUCUGGGCAAGGAUAUAGUGAAGUGCUUUUGGUCUGCAAAAUGAAGGCUACUGCAAAGAACAAAGGGUGACUUCUCACACCAACCCCUGGGAUUAGACAGCUUCCUAGAGGUUAGCUCUAUCAGUGACUAUUGCCUAUUAUAAUAGGGCUUCCCAAUACAGAGGCAGUAUUCCUCUGAAACACCAGCUGUAGGGGACUGAAGGCAGGAAGUGCCAUGGGCACAUCAUGCCCUGUUUGUGAGUCUCUCAGAGAUAUUUAGUUGGCUGCUCUUAGAAACAGGCAGUGUUUGUUCUGACUCACCCAGCUAGUUCUGCUGCUCAUCUGUAGGGGGAUGGUGGUACCCUGAAAUUCAGGUCCCAGAGAACAGUGAAGGCAUGUGAUGUAUGCAACCUCUCUGCAACUAAGCCUAAUCUGAGUCUAAUCUGCACUUGGAUGGGAGGAGGCUUAGGGAUCCCCACCUUGUGUUCCACAAUGGAAGAAAUGCAGCAAUAAAUCAUUGCAUAUGGGAGAAAAUGAGAAAUGAGAUGCUGAUGCUGCCCCCUCGGCUGGGUGAGGACUGCAGGGCCUGCUCCCUUCCAGGGCCUUUUCCAACUGGCCCAGGGGGCGUUGCCCAGGCCCUUUCUCCCAGCUAUAAAGGGACUCCUGCUGCGGUGAGGCCUCGGACCAUCGGCUGGGUGAGGACUGCAGGGCCUGCUCCCUUCCAGGGCCUUUUCCAACUGGCCCAGGGGGCGUGGCCCAGGCCCUCUCUCCCAGCUAUAAAGGGACUCCUGCUGCGGUGAGGCCUCGGACCAUCGGCUGGGUGAGGAUUGCAGGGCCUGCUCCCUUCCAGGGCCUUUUCCAACUGACCCAGGGGGCGUGGCCCAGGCCCUUAUUUGGAACAAACUUUUGGGGAAGUGUGGGAAGUGUUCUGCCAUUGCUUCCCUGUUCCAGGUGGUUAACGUGCUUUAAAAUGUCCUCAAGCAGUUGGUGGCAAUUUCAAUUUUUAUUCCUUUUUUCCCUUUUUUCCCUUUGUUGGGGGUGGGUGGGUGGGAUGGAUAGUUUGUUGGGGAUUAAUUUUAGUAUAAUUGUUCUGUUCCUUUUUGUUGUUGUUGUUUUAUUGGUUCUGUAUAGUUUGUGUUUUGUUUUUAAGGGGCGGGAUCAGGGCUGCCUGGGUGGGCUCCCAGCCAACACGAUGGCUGGGACAAGUUCCACAGGGGGAAGCACUGGGACAUCCGAUCUCGGUGAUCAUGGGCAGGAGGCGGAGUUACGCUAAGACCAGACCAUGUCAUUACCGAGGAGGCAGGUUUAGUCGUUGUUUGAAGACUAUCCCUGCCUCCGGGUCUGGCCUUGACCGGAUGGAUACUGGAAUCAACAGGGGAAACCCACAUGACCUGAAAGUGUUGCUGUGCAAUGCCAGGUCAAUGAUGAAUAAAACCACUGCCAUCCACGACUUGAUUGUGGAUGGAGGAUUUGACCUGGCAUGUGUGACGGAGACCUGGUUGGAGGAAGCAGAUGGGCCUGUCCUUGCCGCUGCUUGCCCACCAGGUUUCUCUUACGCACAGCAACCCAGGUCAUGUGGGCGGGGAGGGGGUUGCUGUGAUUUUUAGGAAGUCACUAGCUUGCACCAGGCGUCCUACUGGGAAGAUCCAGUUCUCUGAGUGCAUGUUCUGGAAGUUGGGCAAUAGGGGCAGUACAGGAUUCCUUUUGGUGUACCGACCUCCCCGCUGCACCAAGGAUUCCCUGUCCGAGCUGCUUCAGGUCGUGGCGGAUUUUCUCCUGGAGACACCUAGUUUGGUUGUCCUAGGGGAUUUUAACAUCCAUGCCGACACGACCUUACAAGGGGCCGCUCGGGACUUCGUGGAAAGCAUGGCCUCCAUGGGGCUGUCCCUGAAUAAGUUUGGCCCAACUCAUAGUCAUGGACAUGCCUUAGACCUGGUGUUCACCUCUAGUGACGUGGGUGAUCUGACACUAAGUAAAAGUGAAACAAAAGAAGUGCCAUGGUCAGAUCACUUCCUGGUGCAACUGGACUUCUCCGCGACCCUUCCUCUGCAGGGAGGUGGGACCACUCGGAUGGUCCGCCCGCCACUUAAUGGAUCCAAAUGGUUUCCAGAGAGUGGUAGGGGAUGCUUUAGCCCAUGUUGAUGGCCUUUCAGCUGAUUCCCUGGUGGCCCGCUGGAAUGCGGAGUUAACCAGGGCUAUCGGCUGUCUGGCUCCGACGCGCCCUCUCCGAUUGCAUGGAGCCCGGACAGCCCCGUGGUUUUCUUCGGAGCUGAGGGCGAUGAAACAACCGCUGAGACGGCUAGAGCGUCGGUGGCAGAAAACUCACUCCGAAUCUGACCGGACACAGGUUAGAGCUCAACGUCGAGCCUACCAAGUGGCGAUAGCGACGGCGAAGAAGACUUUCUUCACCGCCUCUAUUGCAUCUGCAGAAAAUAGUAGCAGGAGACUCUUUCAGGUGGUUCGCAAUUUAACGGAACCACCUUUACCACCGGGGCAUUGUAAAGACCCCAAGAUCUCCUGCAACGAUUUUGCAAAGUUUUGCAGAUAAAAUCACUCAUAUUCGGAAGGAGCUAGACACCACCGUGGGAGCAGGGCCAGGGCGGGAGAGUGCUAGAGCUCUGUCUGGUCAAGUUGCAUGGAAUCAAUUUCAACCCGUUACCCCCGAGGAUGUGGACAGGCUGCUUGGACGCGUGAAAGCAACCACCUGUCUCCUUGAUCCUUGCCCAUCCUGGCUAAUAAAAGCAAGCCGGGAAGGGCUGGGUGAUGGGCUCUGCGGGUGGUGAAUGCUUCCUCUGUGAGGGAACAUUCCCAGAUCCGCUGAAAGAGGCGGUCAUUAAACCGCUUCUUAAAAACCAUCUUUAGACCCGGCCAGUAUGGCCAACUAUCGCCCAGUCUCAAAUCUUCCAUUCUUGGGCAAGGUGAUUGAGCGCGUGGUUGCUGAACAACUCCAGGCACGCCUGGAGGAUGCGGACCAUUUGGAUCCCUUCCAAUCGGGAUUCAGGCCUCACCAUGGGACUGAAACUGCCUUGGUCACGCUGGUUGAUGAUCUCCAGCGAGCUAGGGACAAAGGUGAGAGUUGUUUCCUGGUUCUGCUGGAUCUCUCAGCGGCCUUUGAUACAAUCGACCAUAACAUCCUUCUGGACCGUCUAGAGGGGCUGGGAGCUGGGGGCACUGUUAUACAGUGGUUUCGCUCCUUCCUCCUGGGCCGUGUUCAGAAAGUGGUGGUGGGGAUGAGUGUUCAGACCCCUGGGCCCUCACUCUGUGGGAUGCCUCAGGGUUCCGUCCUCUCCCCCAUGCUUUUUAACAUCUAUAUGAAGCCGGUGGGAGAGAUCUUCAGUGGGUUUGGACUGGGUGUCCAUCAAUAUGCAGAUGAUACCCAGCUCUACCUCUCUUUCAAAUCAGAACCAGUGAAGGCGGUGAAGGUCCUGUGUGAGUGCCUGGAGGCGGUUGGAGGAUGGAUGGCGGCUAAUGGAUUGAGGUUGAAUCCUGACAAGACAGAAGUAUUGUUUUUGGGGGACACGGGGCGGGCUGGUGUGGAAGACUCCUGGUCCUGAAUAGGGUAACUGUGCCCCUGAAGGACCAGGUGCGCAGCCUGGGAGUCAUUUUGGACUCACAGCUGUCCAUGGAGGCGCAGGUCAAUUCUGUAUCCAGGGCAGCUGUCUACCAACUCCACCUGGUACGCAGGCUGAGACCCUACCUGCCCGCGGACUGUCUCGCCAGAGUGGUGCAUGCUCUAGUUAUCUCCCGCUUGGACUACUGCAAUGCGCUCUACGUGGGGCUACCUUUGAAGGUGACCCGGAAACUACAAUUAAUCCAGAAUGCGGCAGCUAGACUGGUGACUGGGGCGGCCGCCGAGACCACAUAACACCGGUCUUGAAAGACCUACAUUGGCUCCCAGUACGUUUCCGAGCACAAUUCAAAGUGUUGGUGUUGACCUUUAAAGCCCUAAACGGCCUCGGCCCAGUAUACCUGAAGGAGCGUCUCCACCCCCAUCGUUCUGCCCGGACGCUGAGGUCCAGCGCCGAGGGCCUUCUGGCGGUUCCCUCAUUGCGAGAAGCAAAGCUACAGGGAACCAGGCAGAGGGCCUUCUCGGUAGUGGCGCCCGCCCUGUGGAACGCCCUCCCAUCAGAUGUCAAAGCGAUAAAUAACUACCUGACAUUUAGAAGGCAUCUUAAGGCAGCCCUGUUCAGGGAAGCUUUUAAUCUGUGAUAUUUUACUGUAUUUUUUGUUUCUAUGGAAGCCGCCCAGAGUGGCUGGGGAAACCCAGCCAGAUGGGCGGGGUACAAAUAAUAAAUUAUUAUUAUUAUUAUUAUUAUUAUUAUUAUUAUUACUAUACCUUUGCAAUAAUGUGUAAACAAUAAUGCAUCAAGAAGAAACUUGACACAACCAGGGUAUGCUAGGGUCAUGUAACAGCCAUGUAAGGUAGGUUAGGCAGAGAAGUGGUGACUGGUCCAGGAUCUCCUGUUUCUACUCAUUCCUGUGUAGUGGGAUUCCUGACUCAAGGAACAAGUGAAUGGCAGAAGCAAUCCACCACUGUGCUUCCCAUUUGCAGCUGAGGAUGUUUUUUGCCUUUACCAAGUUAUGUGCUUUUGAAUAUGUGUGAGAAUAUCUGGUCACCUGCCACAGUCUUGGGAGUAAGCAUUAGAUUCAAACAUCUAGGGUCAUUCAGUGAAGCUGAGUGGUGAGAGCUUCAAGACAGACCAAGGGAAAUACUGCUUUGCACAUCCCAUGGUCAAACUAUGGAAAUUGCUGCCACAGGUACGAGUUGCCAACUUGAACUGGCCUGGAUUACUGCAAACUCCUUAUGGUUGCUGCAUAUUGCCUCCAGGGUCAGAAAUGGUAUAUUUCUUAAUAUCAGUUCCUGGGGAGCAGUGAUGGGAAAUGGCCAUCACACUUGUGUCCUGCUUUGCCAAUGGAAAACAAAACUGGACUGGGCAUGAUUUCGGACUGAUCCAGUGGGGCUGUUCUUACAUUCUUAAUGCAAACUUAAAACUCGUAUUACUGUAAAUUGUUUUAGUUUUAGAAUUUAAUCAAAAUUUGAUUGAAGCCUAAACUAAGGAGAUGCGAGCCUUUGACCAAAGUAACUCCCAGUCCCUAAAGCUGUCUCUGACAGAUUCAGCAGGCACCUUCUGCUCCAGCUUUUAAACACCUUUCUGAAACUUUCCUUUGUGGAUAAUUAAUACAACUUUCUGCAACAGUUACUCCAAUCUCUGAUUUUAACUUUAUAUAAUUUGUUAUUGUAUGGUUUUACAUUCAGUUGUUGUGAACUGCUUUAAAUUUUUUUUUAAUUGAAUGGGGCACACAACUAUUUGCUGUAAAUAAAUAAAUAAGAAUAAAUCUUAUGGGCAUACUCAGCUGCCUCACACCAAGUCAGGCCGCUGGUCUAUCAAGCUCAGUCUUGCUGACUUCCGCUGCUGCCAGUUCUUGGACAGAAGCCUCGUCAAGUCCUAAUCCACAGUGGGAUUUCUUAAUUAGUGGAGCCAUCUGAUUGAACAACUUAAGUAGACGUGGGGAACCACAUAUUUACCUGCCCCAAACCUGACAUCCUAUAUAUUGGGCAUAUGGACAUGGCUUGGAAAGGUGGCCUUUCAGGUCAAAUUGGGACCCCGAAUUGGGGCCCAUGAGCCAGAGGUGUCUUCUCACCUCACCUUGCUCCUGGCUGAACUGAGGUUUUCAUUAGUUAAGGCUGCAGUCCUAUUCACACUUACCCGGGAACUCUGUUUAAACAUAGUGGGGCUUUCUUCUGAGUAAACUUCCACAGGAUGUUUCCCAGUACCCACCCAUCUGCCCUUUUUUAUUGGGACAAAAUCCAUACAACUGUCCAGAGACAGGGAGCACAAGGCAAGUGAAGGAUGCUGGUCUGCUUCUGUGUAUUAUUUUUGUAAUCAAUGUAGAAUAAUAGAAUUGUAGAGUUGGAAGGGAGCUUGAGGAUCAUAUAGUCCAGCCCCUGCAAUGAAUCAUGGCAAUCUGUGAACUGAGAUAGCUCUUUCCGCUCUCACUUAUUGACUUUUAUUUUGUUCUCUUGACAACCCCAUUUUACUGUACCUCCUGUCCCAUAUGGUUGUUUUAUUGCCAUUGUAUUGUUGAUGGUUUCCCCAUUUGUUUGAAACCCAACAAAAACGUCUUUAAAGGGGGAUGCUCCUGCCCUAGCUCCUCUUCCUUGCUCCUGCAUACCAGCUCAGGAAGGACAGGUGAAUUGUCCUGGCUCAAGAGGGUGAGGCAGGCAGCAGUGCCCCCUUUGCAGGGGUGUCAUGCUACCCUGCAGCGCCUACCUCUGAUGCAGACAAUUGCAGACAAUGGUGAAUAAACUGGAAACCCUCAAUCAUGAAAGAUAAGAAUUCUAUUUAUUGGUGUCCUCCUGGAUGUGAGUGCUGUGAACUCCACCAACACUCAGUAGUGAAGCGGGUCAUUGUAUGGCUGCAGCAACCAGAGAUGUCGGAGCGACUGCCUCCUUCUCCUGUAGCCAUACAGUGCAGCAUUUGUCUGUCGUCAAAAGAAGCAUCACUUUCUCCUCUGUGUGUGUGUGUCUAAACAACAAUCCAGGAAUAAUUUUAACUCUUUCAAUGGUGAGCUCUGAUAGAUGGCAGCUUCUAAGUCAGGCUUUGCUCUCCUUGUGAUAUCUAUUUAGUCCCAUGUGUGGGCUUGCUUAGCUGCUGCUGUAACAUCUAAGUAGCUUAUAAAUGGUGAUACCUGCAGGGUAACUUCAGUGUCAUGUCAACAGCUUUCCUCUACCCAGAGGGAUUAUAGGGCCCCAAAAGAAGCAGAUGUCGAAACAGUGGGAGAGCAAAGAGGUCUCAUGUCAGUGCAGGUAAAUAUGUUUGGGAAAAUGACAUUCUAUCCAACUAUAUUCCUGGUUUGGAGGACCUCAAAGAGGCACUUCAGAUCCCAUCACAAUCUUCCUCGCUAAAAUAAUUAACAUAGAAGAAAACUUGGAUAUUUGCCCUCCCUUGACAAAUUCUCAAAGGGCUAAAAGGAUGAUAAGGCAUAGCUAUCUUAGCAAUUUGCCAAGAUGAGUCAUGGACGAAAUAAGGUCUUGCCAAGUUCUUCAAAAGAACCAGAUAAUGCUGAGAUUCACCGCAGGUGGAUGAAUCUUAUCCCAGCUUUUGAACUGCCAUUAUUAAAAAGUAGAUCUGGAAAAUUUCCAUUUCUUGUCCAACACAAGAAAUAGCAAACGUUUACUUAUGACUUUUAGUAAACCGGCCUUCCCGUCUUGACUUAGGGAGAUGAAAAACAUCCUAUGGUGGUCUCAUUUUCUUCACCCGAUAAGGGUUUUCAAAGAUGAAACAGUGAGAAAGUUGGUCCCUGGCAGAAAUCAAAGCAAAUGCCGAUAAGGGAAACUAAAUUAAACAAUAGAAACAUUACGAGUCCAAAGGAGGAAGAGAAAUCCGUGAGUUCAGAAAUAUAAGAACUGAAGAAGAGAUUAUUAAGUAUAAAGUCUGAGAUUUCAAUUCAAACUAUAAGGACACUAGAGCCUGGAACACAAUAUUUAAAUAUGCCCAACAGCUCUCCAUCCUGAAGAAGGACAUCGGUGCAACUCUCUGAUCUCUUCCUAAGCGAUAGCGAUGAAGAGUAGGAGUCUGGCGACCCUGACAUUCCUAUUUUAAUAACUCCCAAAGAACCUCAGGUCGCUGAUAGACUCUUGAAACUAAGCACCCAGGUUAUAUCCAGACCUUUGCUUAACACUCCCAAAAUCUACAAGGACGACCGUUCUUCCCUAUUGCAUUACUGGCAAGAUAGGACUGGUGGAGUUCCUGAGCAUGAAGCUGGCUCUUUGCUGGCUAGUGAUCCCCAUUUUACAGCAUAUGCCUUUUUAAUACUCCCAAAGGCUCAGAAAGAGUUAAUAGCCCCAUGGCCAUCCCAUGAAGGAGGGAGGGAUUGACAGCUAGCGGGCCACUGCGGGGCCGCCCUCCUUGCCUGGGGUGCGGCGGGAUGGGCUACACCUAUUGGGGAUUUUGUCCUGCUGAUUUUAUAUGUGGUGAUGCCCAAACCCCUUCCAAUCUACACCCCAUCCCGAGCAGGGAUUACCCACCUCCGUCACUGGUGUUGUGCAAUGCCAGGUCUAUAGGCAAUAAAACCACCACCAUGUGAUACUUUUUUAUCUCGUUGGGGGUUGGCCUGGCUUGUGUGACGGAGACCAGGUGCGUGAAGGGAAGGUAGUCGCCCUGCAUGAGAUAGCACCCCCGGGUUUCUCCAUCCUCCACCAGUCGCAGACUGUGGGUCGGGGGGGGGAGGAGCAGUAGCGUUAAUCCGGGAGGAUUACUCUUUCAGUGCUCUGCCACCACCAUCAGUCUCCAGCAUUGAAUGUGUUGGCCUAGUGUGGGGCACCAAGGAGAGCUUGGCUGUCUGGCUGGUGUACCGACCACCUAGCGCACCAGCAGCCACCCUGUCAGGCCUGUUGGAUGUGGUGGCAGGCUGGGCCUUGGAGUUCCCUAACCUACGGGUUUUGGGGGAUUUCAACGUCCAUGCUGAUGCCACCCCCUCCUCACGGGCUGUGGACGUGGUGUCUUCCAUGGCUACAUUUGGGCUCUCCCGGUUUGUUUUGGGUCCCACACACCAAGCAGGCCACACGCUGGAUUUGAUUUUUGGUGCGGGUAUAGAUGUGAUCAUGUCCUCACUUGUGGAAGUGCCAUGGUUUGAUCACUACGCACUGAAAGCCAGGAUUCCUGCCUCCACCCCACUUGGGCGGUGAGCCUAUUUGGGCUUGCCUGCGAUGGAUCCUGAUGGAUUUCGUCAGGGCUUGCGGGACCCUGCUCCCCCUGGUGGCUCACUAGAUGAGCUUGUUGAGAACUGGAAUAGCUGGUUCUUGGUGGCCAUCAAUGAGAUCACACCUAAGUGGCCUCUGCGACCUCGCUGAUACUGGGCCCCCUGGUUUACUGAGGAGCUCUGGAAAAUGAAGCGGGACCUCAGAUGGCUAGAGCGAGUAUGGCGGCAUGCUCGCGACGGAGCCUCAAGAACAUCUUAUAAGACGCUUAUGAAAGCCGAUGAGAUGGCAGUGAAAGCUGCAAAGAAGUUUUACUUCUCAGCUUCCAUUGCAUCCGCUAGCUCUCGCCCAGCGCAACUUUUUAGAAUAAUUAGGUCUCUAACAACCCUAGAGGAACAGCUAAAUUUAAAUACGAAUUUGACCCACAGCUGUGAGGCAUUUGCGAGCUUUUUUGCGGAGAAAGUCUUGCUGCUCCGCUGUGACUUCCCUGCCAGUUUGGAUACAGUAACAGAACUGGAGGCCCCUCAACUGUCCUCAGGUCUGGUAUUGGACCACUUUGAUUGGAUACUCCCUGCUGAUGUAGACAGAUUCCUCCGAGCUGGAAGGCCCACCACUUGCCCCCUUGACCCGUGCCCGUCCUGGCUGAUUAGAGCGUGUCCAGACAAGGUGCAGGCCCCCCUGGGUGAGAUCAUCAAUCAGUCCCUUGGCACAGGGACUUUCCCAGGGGAGUUGAAGAAAGCAGUGGUGUGUCUGCUCUUAAAGAAAACAUCUCUAGAUCCUUUAGAUCUAUCCAAUUACUGCCUGGUUUCGAAUCUUCCGUACCUGGGUAAGGUAAUUGAGAGAGCGGUUGCCGAACAGCUUGGUAGAUUUCUGGAUGAAAUAUCAGCUCUGGACCCAUUUCAGUCCGGCUUCCGCCCUGGUUACGGGACUGAGACGGCUUUGGUCGCCCUGACAGAUGAUCUCUGUAGACAGCUGGAUCGAGGCAGGUCGGGACUGCUGAUUCUUUUAGACUUGUCAGCAGCCUUUGAUAUGGCCAAUCAUGAACUUUUGGACCACUGCCUUGCUGACGUGGGGAUUUAGGGCAUUCCGACAAUGGUUGUGCUCCUUUAUCUCAGGUUGGGGACAGAGGGUGGUGCUAGGGAGGGAGUUGUCACCACGACAUUCCUUGGUGUGUGGAGUCCCGCAGGGCGCAAUCCUUUCCGCUAUGGUUUUCAAUAUCUUUAUGCACCCCCUUGCCCAGAUCGUCCGGAGCUUUGGGCUGGGUUGUCAUCAAUAUGCUGAUUACACCCAGCUUUAUCUGUUGAUGGACGGCCGCCCUGACUCGGCCCCGGACACACUGACCAGAUUCUUGGAAGCUGUGGCUGGAUGGCUGUGUGGGAGCCGGUUGAAGUUAAAUCCUUUGAAGACAGAGGUCCUCUGGCUGGAUCAGGACAACAUGGGGUUGGGGGGCCAACUCCCAUUUCUUGCAGGGGCUCAAUUAGUGCCAGCGCCUUCUAUCAAGAGCUUGGGUGUAACCUUCAACGCCUCCCUUUCCAUGGAGGCGCAGGUUGCAGCCACAGCAAAGGUGGUAUUUUUCCAUCUCCGCCGUAUCAAGCCAUUGGUCCCUUACCUGUCUCGCCCCGAUCUGGCCACCGUGAUCCAUGCGACGGUCACCUCCAGGCUUGAUUAUUGUAACUCGCUCUAUGCGGGGCUGCCCUUGAAGCCGACCCAGAAACUCCAGUGGGUGCAGAAUGCCGCGGCGAGGCUCCUUAUGGGGUCCUUGCCAUGGGAUCACAUUCAUCCAGUGCUUUACCAGCUGCACUGGGUCCCAGUGGAGUACAGGGUCAGGUUUAAGGUGCUAGUUUUGACCUUUAAAGCCCUAUGUGGCCUAGGACCCUCAUACCUACGGGACUGCCUCUCCUGGUACGCCCCACGAAGGACCUUAAGGUCCACAAAUAACAACACUUUGGAGGUCCCAAGCCGCAAGGAGGUUAGAUUGGUCUCAACUAGGGCCAGGGCCUUUUCAGUACUGGCCCUGACUUGGUGGGACGCUCUGUCACAAGAGACUAGGGCCCUGUGGGACUUGACAUCUUUCCACAGGGCCUGCAAGACAGAGCUGUUCGGCCUGGCCUUUGGUUUGGACUCAGUCUGACCCUUAUGUUUCCCACCCCUUAUGGUUUUGAUUUAUGGGCUACUAUUAAAAAGAGGCUGCAUUUUAAAUUGUAUUUUAACCUGUAUUUUAAUAAACUGGUUCCCCCCCGUUAUGUUUUAUUAUAGUUUUAUUGGUGUUAGUCACCCUGAGCCCGGCUCUGGCCAAGGAGGGCGGGGUAUAAAUAAUAAUAAUAAUAAUUUUUUAUUUAUACCCCGCCCUCCCCAGCCAAGGCCGGGCUCAGAGCGGCUUACAAGCAAUAAUAAAAACAAGUUGAAUGAUUACAACUUAAAAACAAAAUUAAAAUACAACAUUAAAAUAUUAAAACACAGGAGGAGCCUCAACACAGGAGGAGAAGGAAAGGAAAAACGAAAGAGAGGGAGGGAAUCAAAUUGGCUCCAAGCCAAAGGCCAGGGGGAACAACUCUGUCUUACAGGCCGUGCGGAAAGAAAUCAGAUCCUGCAGGGCCCUAGUCUCAUGAGGCAGAGCGUUCCACCAGGCCGGAGCCAGAGUUGAAAAGGCCCUGGCUCUGGUUGAAGCCAAUCUAACUUCCUUAGGGCCUGGGACCACUAGGGUGUUGCUAUUUAUGGAGCUUGAGGCUCUCUGUGGGGCAUACCGGGAAAGGCGGUCUCGUAGGUACGAGGGUCCUAGGCCGUGAAGGGCUUUAAAGGUCAAAAGCAGCCACAGCUUCCAAGCAUCUGGUCAGUGUGUUCGGGGCCGAGUCAGUGUGGCCAUCCAUCAGCAGAUAGAGCUGAGUGUCAUCAGCAUAUUGGUGACAGCCCAGCCCAAAGCUCCGGAUAAUCUGGGCAAGAGGACGCAUAAAGAUGUUAAAAAGCAUCGGUGAGAGAAUUGCGCCCUGCGGCACUCCACACACCAAGGAAUGGCACGACUACAUUUCCCUCCCUAGUGCCACCCUCUGUCCCCGACCAGAGAUAAAAGAGCACAGCCAGUUACGGGCUAUGCCCUGUAUCCCCACGUCUGCGAGGCGGUGGUCCAGAAGAUCAUGAUCGACCAUGUCAAAGGCUGCUGACAAAUCUAAAAGGAUCAGCAGUCCUGACCCGCCUCGAUCCAGUUGUCUACGGAGAUCAUCUGUUAGGGCAACCAGAGCCGUCUCCGUCCCAAAACCAGGACGGAAACCAGACUGAAAUGGAUCUAAAGCCGAUGUUUCCUCCAGAAACCUACCAAGCUGUUCAGCAACCGCUCUCUCAAUUACCUUACCCAGAUAUGGAAGAUUUGAAACUGGGCGGUAAUUGGAUAGGUCUAAGGGAUCUAAUGAAGUUUUCUUUAAGAAUGGACAUACUACUGCUUCCUUCAGUUCCCCUGGGAAUGUCCCCGUGUCAAGGGACAAAUUGAUAAUUUCAACCAGGGGGGUCCGCGCAACAUCUGGACACUCCCUAGUCAGCCAAGAUGGGCACGGAUCAAGGAGGCAGGUGGUGGGCCUACCAACUUGGAGGAAUCUAUCCACAUCAGCAGGGAGUAUCCGAUCGAAAUGGUCCAACACUGGACCUGAAGUCAGUCGAGGGGCCUCCAGUUCAGUCACUGUAUCUAAAUUGGCAGGGAGGUCACGGCGGAGCAACAGGACUUUCUCCGCAAAAAGCUCGCGAAUGCCUCACAGCUGUGGGUCGAAUUUGUGCUUAAAUUUGGUUGUCCUCCUAAGGACGUUAUUGACCUAAUUAUUCUAAAAAGUUGUGCCGGGCGAGAGCUAGCGGAUGCAAUGGAAGCUGCAAAGUAAGAUUUCUUAGCAGCUUUCAAAGCCAUCUCAUAGGCUUUCAUAAGCGUCCUAUAAGAUGUUCUUGAGGCUCCGUCACGAGUCCGUCGCCAUACUCGCUCCAGCCGUCUGAGAUCCCGCUUCAUUUUCCGGAGCUCCUCAGUAAACCAAGGGGCCUGGUUUCGACGGGGUCGCAGAGGGUGCUUAGGCGCGAUCUCAUCAGUGGCUGCCAAGAGCCGGUUAUUCCAGUCCUCAACAAGGUCAUCUAAUGAGUCGCCAGGAGGAGCAGGGUCCCGCAAGGCUUGUCAGAAUCUAUCAGGAUCCAUCUGUUUUCGUGGACGAGCCCAAAUAGGUUCGCCACCCGAGCAGGGGAGGAGCGGGAAGUCAAUCUUGGCUUUCAGAGCGUAGUGAUCAGACCAUGGCACUUCCACAGGGGGAAGCAUGAUCACAUCUAUGCCAGCCCCAAAGAUCAGAUCCAGCGUGUGGCCUGCUUGAUGAGUGGGGCCCAAAACAAACUGGGAGAGCCCUAGUGUUGCCAUGGAAGUCACUAGGUCCAGAGCCUGUGAGGAGGGAGCGGCAUCGGCAUGGACGUUGAAGUCUCCCAAAACCAGUAGGUUUGGGAACUCCAAGGCCCAGCCCGCCACCACCUCCAGCAGGUCUGACAGGGUGGCUGCAGGUGGGCUAGGUGGUCGGUACACCAGCCAGACACCCAAGCUCUCCUUGUUGCCCCACACGAGACCAACACAUUCAAUGCCAGAGAUCGCCGGUGAUGGCAGAGCUCUGAAAGAGCAAUCUUCCCGGAUUAACAACGCUACUCCUCCCCCCCGAUCCACAGUCCGCGAUUGAUGGAGGACAGAGAAACCUGGGGGUGUUAUCUCAUGUAGGGAGACGACUUCGCCUUCCCGUACCCAGGUCUCCAUCACGCAAGCCAGGUCAAUCCCCUGCGAGACAAAAAAGUCACGCAUGGUGCCGGUUUUAUUGCCUAUGGACCUGGCAUUGCCCAGCACCAAUGACGGAGGUGGGUAAUCCUUGCUCUCCCUACCCUCAUCCCUUGGGAUGGGGUGUAGAUUGGAAGGGGUUCGAGGAUCACUGCAUCUCGAAACCCUUCGCCGAUAGAGAUAUUUAGCCCCACCGCCAUUCCUCCCUAGCCCUUCAAUAGUGGAAAUCCCAGACCCCAUACUAGCCUCCCCAAUAGAGGAAUAACAUUCCCUCAAUAACAAGUCAUCCUUGGGCCAGGACUCCUGGGUCAAAAUGGUAUGGGGAAGAGGUGGAGGUUUGAUAGGGUAAGUAUCCCUAGAAGAUAAAACCCAACCAACCACACCCCAAGCGGGGAGGACAGUCCCAUGGUGUUUCAUUAACUGUCAAUCCCCCUCUCCCUCCUGGGUUGUUUGGAGGAUUGUUGGUUCUAUCUGUGGCUGUGGGAGUAUUAAUGAGGUAUGCGCUAUAAAAUGUGGAUCAAGAGCCAGCUUCGGAAGAUCUGUCCAUCCUGUCUCGCCAGGAGUACAGUAGAGAAGGUUGAUCAUUUUGAUAGGUUUUUGGAACAUUAGGCAAAGGUCCAGAUGUAGAUUUGGUGCUGGAUAUCUCCAGAUUGUCAGCAACAUAGAGUUCUUUAGGUGUUGUUGCCAUAGAAAUGUUGGAGGUGCCAAAUUCCUCAUCUAAUUCGGUGUCGUUUUUAAAAGGAACAGGGAGUUGCACUGAUGUCUUUCUACGGGAUAAAGAGCUGUUGGACGUCUUUAAAUAUUGUGCUCUAGGCUCUACUGGCCUUAUAUUUUGGGUAGAAAUCUCAAUCUUUAUACUCAUUAGCCUCUUCUUCAGGUCUUGUAAUUCUAGGCUUACAGAGUUCUUUUUUUCCUUCGGGCAAUUAGUGUUUCUAGUGUUGAGCUUGGUUUUCCUUAUCCGCAUUAGCUUUGACUCUAUGCAAGGGACCAAUUGCCUCCUUGUUUUGUCCUUAAAUACCCUCACUGGGCGGAAAGAAUGGAACCACCAUAGAGUAUCCUUUAUCUCCAUGAGUUGAGAUGGGAGGGCUGAUGACCUAAAGGUCAUAAAUAGGCACGUGGUGUUUCUCACGGUAGGCAGGAAGUGGAAAUUUUCUAGAUCUACAUUUCGGUAAUGGUAAUUCAGGAGCUGAGACAAGGACAUAGUAAUUUGUCUGCGGUUCAUCCACCUAUGAGUGUAUCGGUGAAUCUCAAGCAUUAUCUGGUUCGUUUGCAAGACUUGACAGGACCUCACUUCAUGCAUAGAUUGAGUUGGUGAGUUGUUAACAAAGUCAUUUCUUAUCAUCCUUUUAAGCCCUUGGGUACCGUAUUUUUCGCUCUAUAGGACGCACUUUUUUCCCUUCAAAAAUGAAUGGAAAAUUUGUGUGCGUCCUAUGGAGCGAAGACGCCAUAGCCCCGUGACCCUCUCCCGGCUGGAGAGGUGACGCGCGGCUAUGGCAGGAGCCUCUACAUCCCCGCGUCACCUCUCCAGCCGGGAGAGGCGCGCGGGGCUAAGAAGCACCCGCGACCCUCUCCCGGCUGGAGAGGUGACGCGCGGCUAGUGAGGCUCUUGCCAUAGCCGCCCGUCACCUCUCCAGCCGGGGAGCGCGCGCGGGGCUAAAGCAGCCCCCGUGACCCUCUCCCGGCUGGAGAGGUGACGGGCGGCUAUGGCAGGAGCUUCUAUAGCCGCGCGUCACCUCUACACCUGGGAGAGCGCGCGCGGGGCUAAAGCACCCCGCGACCCUCUCCCGGCUGGUGAGGUGACGCACGGCUAUUGAGGCUCUUGCCAUAGCCGCCCGUCACCUCUCCAGCCGGGAGAGCGCGCGCGGGGCUAAAGAAGCCAUAGCCCAGCGACCCUCUCCCGGCUGGAGAGGUGACGCAAGGCUAUGGCAGGAGCCUCUCUGCUGCGCCUUUCCGCUGCUCCCUGAACUGAUCUUUGGGGCUGGUGGUGGGCUUCCCCCCACCAGCCCCAAAGAGCAGGUCGAAAGGAACCUGAAGCCUGGAGAGCGAGAGGGGUCAGUGCACACCGACCCCUCUCGCUCUCCAGGCUUCCAAGGUGGCCGCCUGAACGCACCUUAAACGGCACCUUGUUUUAGAGCGGGAAAACAAGAGAGGGAAAGUUCUCCCCCUCUCUGCACAGCGCCUCCUGCCACUUCGCUGAAGGGGCGCUGGGCAGAGAGGGGGAGAAUUUUUUUUUCUUGUUCUCCCCCCUCUAAAACAAAAUGCGUCCUAUUGUCCGGUGCGUCCUAUGGUGCGAAAAAUACGGUAUUUAAAGGGGAGGAGCUAGUAUCCAAUUGUUUCUCAAUGUUAACUAUUUUGGUGAGGAUUUCAUUCAGUCUUUAGAGGACCAGAACCAUAGUUUCUGCAGACAACAUGCAAAUCUCUUGGUAGGGGUGCGUAUCCGGAAUCGGUUGAAAGCAGGCUCCUCUAAUAUCUUGUUCUAGAGGCAUGGGUGGGUAAGCAUUAGGAGUGGGAGGAAUCCCUCCUGCUCCUGCUCCUGCUCCUGCUCUUGCCCUCUUGGACAGAUUAGCUUUUUCUGGGAGGAGGGGGGUCGGGUCAUUGUCAUCCUCCUUAAGGGGGGGGUAAGGUUUCCCCAAUUUAUUUAUUAUUGAUUGAUUGAUUGAUUGAUUGAUUGUAAUAAUUUCACAAGCUUCCUUUGCACUUGUGGGCUCAAAGCAAAAGUACCUAUUUCAACAUAUGGCUCAUAUCAUGUGUGGGGCUCCCUUUGUGUCUCAAGGGCGGGCUGCCUCCUUGCCCAUUCAGGGAGACAUAACACCUGCUGAUGUUAGGCAGGUGAUCAGAGCUGGCCCUACCAUGAGACAAGCUGCCUCAGGUGGCAAAUAUCGAAGGGCAGCAAGUGGAGAGAGCUGUGUGUGUGUGCUAUGCAACCUACCUGCAUCCACUAAAUAAGCCACUGCCCUCAGGGUACAGUGAAGUAUGUUGAAAUAAGAUCCAGCAGUCUGCCGAGCUUUCGUACAUGGCAUGGGACUGGGAGGAAGCAACUGCUUCCCAUUUGUUUCAGGCAACAAAAUGUCUUGGGCUUUCCCUGCAGGUGAUAACCAUUGAUUGUGCCUUCUCGGUAGCAGCUCCCUAGCACUGGACUUGGUACUCCAUAGAAAUUGUUUUAUUCACACAUGCCUUUGGAGAACAGCAGGUGGUGUAGUUUUACACUGCUGGCUGAUUCAAUUGCUUUGUUGCUCUUCUGUUCAUUAUUUAGAAUUAUUAUUUUCUUUCAGUUACUGGUAUGUUUGAUAGGAGCAUAUAGGAAGCUCUUUUAUUCCACAUUGGGCAGUUGGUCCAUACUUCAUGGGGCUAAUGGGAACUGGAGUGCAGGCUUUUCCACUGAACUGUGGGCCUUCUGUGCUGUUGUUUAACAAGCUGCCUCAAAAGCCAUGGGGGGAAAUUAUGUGGUGCUGGUUUUUUAACAUUUCCCCCUUCUGCAUAGUUCCCUUCUGAAUCUUAGAAUUCCCCCGGAUUUUCUUGUAGUAACAAAUUCAGGUUUUAAUGCUGAACUGCAACUGUCAGUGUGCAACUGUUUGAAGACAGAGAGAUCAUUCCAAACAUAAACUUGAAAUGUAGGACAACUUUGCCCUUGGUGUCCAAAAUAGGCUCACCUUUCCCUCUCCUCCUCUUCUCCCUCCAUCGUGCCUGACAAGGAAUGAGAGGGCUUUUCGUAGGUUCUUAAUGGCUGUCUUAAUGGCCUUCUUAAUGAUAGUGCCCUUCACUUCACCAGGGGACAGCAGGUUAGUUUAGGACUACAUGGCAGGUUGUGUGGCAUGUAUAGAUCCAUCCUCCAAGAGAGGAGCAGCUGUUGAGAGCCAGUGUGGUGUAGUGGUUGAGAGCGGUAGUCUUGUAAUCUGGGGAACCGGGUUCGCGUCUCCGCUCCUCCACAUGCAGCUGCUGGGUGACCUUGGGCCAGUCACACUUCUCUGAAGUCUCUCAGCCCCACUCACCUCACAGAGUGUUUGUUGUGGGGGAGGAAGGGAAAGGAGAAUGUUAGCCGCUUUGAGACUCCUUAAAGGGAGUGAAAGGCGGGAUAUCAAAUCCAAAGUCUUCUUCUGUUGAGUGCGAGGCUAAAAGAGGGUGGUGGCCAAGAUGGGACAUUAUGCCAAUGACCUUGCAGGGUUGAUCUUACAGAAACCUCACAUCCAUAAGUGGAAUGGCCUUCUCUAGGCCACACAAGGAAUUUCCCCAUUACCAGAGGGUGUCCCGCCUCACAUGCACGCUUCGAUUAUUUGGUAAUAAUCAACUGACACUCUUUCUCAGCCUUUUCCUGCAAGGCCUUUUGGAGAACAGUAGUUGAACUAUGACUCAGGGGCUCUUACAAGGCAUGUCAGCUAUUCAAAUCAAGCUUCUCUGUCUCUAUUGCACAAGAAAGAAAAUGGCCUAAGACAGAUUGUCUUGGCUGUCCCCUGCUCCCAGCCACAUACUUGAUGAGAGGGUGGGAGGCAGAGGGUGAGGCCCUCAGGAGCCAAUCCCUAGGAGGGCUUUGGCCAAGCUGUGGGAAGGGUAAGAAGAGGGUCAGGGAGGGGACACCCAGGGCCAGCUCUAAGCUUCUUCUGGGGGCUACUGUGCAAGGUGCCUUCAGUGGGCCCACCCGCCUUCAUCCAGCCUGCUCCCUCGCGGUCACUGUUGCCAGCUGCUGCUGCUCCUCUGCCACACAGUUGCUGCCACUGCUGAGCAAGCAGGUGGGCGGACAGCUCUUCUUCUUUCUCCUCACCUCUGGCACUUGUUUGCCAGCUUUCCCCAUCUGGACCAGAGCAAGGGGCAGGUGGGCAAGCGGGUUGCCGUAGCAAGUAGGAGGAGCUGGUCCUGCUGGUGUGGUCCAACCAUGCCAUUCCUUGGAAGGGAGCUGUGUUGAAUGAAGGCAUCCUGGAAGAAAAAGCCACUGCCUUGAGCUCCUUUAGAGUUCAGUACAGUAAUCAAUCAGUUUUACCUCUCUACCCCCACCGUCCUGGUAUGACACCUAAAGGUGGUAGGAGGGUGAAUUGGUGGUGGUGCGAGUGGGAUGGAUGGAGGAGGGGAUGGUGGUGUGUCUGUGUAUUUGUGUGCAAGUUUGUAGGAGGUCCACAAGCCCUUUAAGUUGCUCGGGUUUAGUUCACACGGUUCGUGGUGCCAGCUGUUCCUUUCCCCCCUUCCCCUGCCCUCCCUCCCAGGGACUGUUUGCUGAGUUGGGGGCUCCUGUGCAAAAUUGCUUUUCAAAAGAGCCACUUUCUGCUUAAUUAAACAAUGAGCCGCCCCUCCCCUGCACAUCUGUAAAGCCCCUUCUGCAGUCUCUUUAUCCCACAAACUGCUCCAUUCUCAAUCCCUUUCACUUGUAAAUCUCCCUUGCUCCCCCCCACCCAUCCCUCUCACUGGCUUUCCACAACCCACCCCAACUUUCCCCUUUCAAAUGAAGCUGAGAAGUCUGAUUUGGUGGGUCUUGUGGGGUGGAGAAGACCAUCAGAGAUGGCCACCACUUCCAUGCACAGGCCCAGUGGGUCAGCUAAUCAAGCUGCUUGCCCUUGAGGAGAAUGUCCUAAAGGGAGUGUUGGAAGAUGCCUCUCCCUUGCCCACCUGCCACAGCCUGUUGGGACUUUAAAUUCAACUUGACUGUAUGCCUCUUUCCCACCCACCAAGUUGGUUCAGCCCACAGCAGUGAAUGAAGCACCAGAAAUAAGCACAUAACUAGCUUUACCAUCAGUCCUAAGUAAAAGAGCAGCAACAACAACAAUGUGGCAGUAAGCAAACAAAGAAAAAAUUCAAUUAAAGCAAUGAACGCACUUCACUGCGAAGACCUAAGAAUUCAUAAAUAAAAAUUCUCUUAAAUGGGGGAUAAACUAUGCAGCUAGUUUAGGUUUAUCACCCAAAAUGUUAGUUAAUAAACUGAAAUAUUUUGAUUAUAAUUGUAAAAGGGUGGCCCCAGCUGGGCAGCAGUUUUUAAUUUUCAUUUCAAUUGAGUACUCACAAAUCUAUCCACAGAAGGUGCCAUCUGAAGAGAAACACAAGGCAUCCUCUUAAGAACCAAAGCUAUUGAAACCCAAGAUCACUUUUUAAAAUUCAUCUAGCCCACCAAGCCAUGGAAAGUGGUGCACCAGCCUGAUUGAGAAGUGAUCUUCAGAGAUGCUCUCUCCAAAGCCAAAAGAAGGACCAUUUGUUUCCAUGCCCUGCAGGCCCAUAGCUCUUGGAGGGGCGUCUGACCCAGGGACUGAAAAAGCCAACCCUGGUGCAGUGGUUAGAGCAGCCCUCCUCAUCCUGUGCUCUCCAGCUGUUUUGGACUGUAAUACUCAACGUCCCAGACUUUUAGACAUCUGGGCACCACAGUUCAAGAAGAACACUGACAAACUGGAACGUGUCCAGAGGAGGGCAACCAAAAUGGUCAAAGGCCUGGAAACGAUGCCUUAUGAGGAACGGCUAAGGGAGCUGGGCAUGUUUAGCCUGGAGAAGAGGAGGUUAAGGGGUGAUAUGAUAGCCAUGUUCAAAUAUAUAAAAGGAUGUCACAUAGAGGAGGGAGAAAGGUUGUUUUCUGCUGCUCCAGAGAAGCGGACACGGAGCAAUGGAUCCAAACUACAAGAAGAUUCCACCUAAACAUUAGGAAGAACUUCCUGACAGUAAGAGCUGUUCGACAGUGGAAUUUGCUGCCAAGGAGUGUGGUGGAGUCUCCUUCUUUGGAGGUCUUUAAGCAGAGGCUUGACAACCAUAUGUCAGGAGUGCUCUGAUGGUGUUUCCUGCUUGGCAGGGGGUUGGACUCGAUGGCCCUUGGGGUCUCUUCCAACUCUAUGAUUCUAUGGAGGACAUCUAGAGUUUAGGGAAAGCUGGGUAGGAAUGUUUGUUUAUUUAUAUUUAUUUUAGUAGGGUUUAUAUACUGCUUUCAUCCAAAUCAGUUUGCAUAUCAUGUUGGAAUAAGACCAGGGAGAGCCGGGUUCAAAACCCCACUCAGCCAUGAAGCUUACUGGGUGACUAUGGGCCAGUCAUUGUCUCUUAACCAUUCCUACCUCCCUGCUGUCAUUUAAAGCUGAACCCUAUGGUCCAUGUGGAAAGAAAGCCCUGCAUCGUGUUUCUUCUGCUGGUCAUGUGCACAAAGCAAUGCAGGCCACUGAGCCCCCUUCCUACCCCCCAGAAGUUUUGUCUGCUCCCAACUCCCAACAGCCAAUUAUUCCUCCUCUCAAACAGGCCUUUCCUAUGUAUGCAUAUACUUCCCAAUGUAUCUUCUUAGCCUUAAAGACUAGGAACAUUGGGGCCAGGAACAAAAGCUGAAUAAUCUUUCUGGAUAGUAAAUCUGUACAUUGUAUGAAUUAGAAAUCCACACACUUUUUAAUGUGUUACAAUUUGUUGUUAUUGUAGCAGCAUCUUACAGACUACAAGGGGGCAGGUCCCUGCUUCAGGCGGUUUGCAUCUUGAAAUAGUGACCUUGGGUUUUUGAAAAGACUUUUGCCCUGUGUCACAUGUUGCGAUUUCCCCCCAUUCUUGAAACAGCCCUUUGAAGGAGUCGGUCCCUCUUCCCAUUUUACAGAACGGGGAAUUAAAACUGGGAGAGAAGUCCUGACCAAGGUGGGUUUAUAAUUUGGGUUCGGAUCAAACAGGCCACCCAAUGAAUCGCACCACUGAAUGUAAUAUGUGGAGCUGGCAGUGUGAGAAACGCAGAUAGAUAAGCUAAUUGCCAAUUGGCACCUUCAACCUUGGUUAUAGUCGCCACCACAGAAUGUCUAGGCGCCAUACUUUUUAAAAUAGAAUUUAUUGUUGUUAUUAUUGUUAAUUCAUUUCAUUUCUAUGCUGCUUUAUCUUGGAAAAUAAUCUCAAAGUGGUUUAAAGGUAAAGGGACCCCUGACAAUUAGGUCCAGUCAUGUCCGACUCUGGGGUUGUGGCGCUCAUCUCGCUUUAUUGGCCAAGGGAGCCGGCGUACAGCUUCUGAGUCAUGUGGCCAGCAUGACUAAGCUGCUUCUGGCGAACCAGAGCAGCGCACGGAAACGCCGUUUACCUUCCCCCCAGAGAGGUACCUAUUUAUCUACUUGCACUUUGACGUGCUUUCGAACUGCUAGGUUGGCAGGAGCAGGGACCGAGCAACAGGAGCUCACCCCGUCGCGGGGAUUCGAACCGCCGACCUUCUGAUUGGCAAGUCCUAGGCUCUGUGGUUUAGACCACAGCGCCACCUGUGUCCCUCAGAGUGGUUUGCAACACAUUUAAAAUUCCAACAAAACAAUCCAGAAUAAAACAAAUUCAAGCUUCAAGAAAAUGUUUCAGAUCCUUCUCUAAGGGACAUUCUGCUUUCCCCAUAUUUAUUUAGCUGCUUAAUUUAUAUAGCAGAAGUACUCUGGGAAGCCCAUGUGGUGUGACUUAGGUGAUCAGGGUUCGGAUCCCCACUCAGUCAUCAAGCACGCUGGGUGACCUUGGAGUGGAUCACAGCCUCUUCACCUACCUCGGAGGGUCAUUGUAGGGAUUAACUGAGGAGGGGGGGACUCAUGGACUCCUUGGAGGAAAAAGUGGGAAACAAAGGCAAAAAAUAAGUUCUUCUGCUUACCUGCUUAAGAAAGCUGGUGGGUCCAGCCAAUUCACCAGAAGUGAAUGAUGAUGGUCACCCCAAAUGCAGAAGGUUCAGCUUAACAUAUUUUGAAGUAAUAUCAUCUAAAGCAGUGGUUUUCAAAGGGUGUGGCAGGAGAGGGUGGCAAGUUGUCCUGAUCCACUGACUCAAAGGUGGGCUCAUGGGAGUGGUUUGGUGCAGGUAUAUGAAAGAAGGAUUCAAAGGGAUUGCUAGCGUGAUCAGUUCUAGUGCUGUAUUAAUUGAAAGACUUACCAGUAAAUCAGCCUGCCAGGCCUUGCUGCUACUAUAGAUGUAGGAUGGACACAGCAGCAGUGAGAGUUUGCCAUGACUUGUCCACACCCAAGUAAGCGUUCAUAAAGCCUCAGUGUAUAAAGCAGCGCAUAUCAGUUUGCCCAGAACCGCCCAUCAUGCCUGGUUGGUGGGACCAUAGGUGGCCAGUUCUCUAAAGCUUCUCUCCUUCCUGGGCCCAGAGCCCAGCAUCCCACUGUCCACAGAAUAAGCACAACAUCAAGCGAGCCAAUUAGCAUAUAUCAAAGCAAGGAAAUAUAAACAUAUGUGAGCUUAUUCUCACAACAACCACAAAUUAUUUCUGCGGUUAUCUUGACUAUCAAGACAGUGUUUGCAGGCCUUUGGGAACAUUUCAUUUAGGUUCAACACACAAGUGUAGCAGGAAGAUUAAAGGACCAUCAUAGAAACAUUUAAGCAUUUCAGUGUAUUAUAGUACAGUGAUACUUUUUUUUUCUGUGGGGACGCAGGGGGACUCAUACCCCUAAACAUUUUGUGAAUUGAACGGGAGAAGAAAUUCACUGUAUUUAUUUUCCCCGAUUUGAACUGUAUAUAUUUCCCCCCGGUGGUGAUUUUCUUGAGUCAAAAUGAGAGUACCCCUAAACAUUUUUUAAGAAAAAAAGCACUGAGUUAUACCAUAAAAUUAUAUAUCAAUGGAAAGAUAAUUUAAUGAAGAAUGUAAUACAAUAACUUUUAUGAAGGAUUAAUCAUUACAACAGCAGUCAUAAAGAAGAAACGUGAAACAAACCGAAAAAAUGAGAUAUACAGGUUAAAUUGCCAUGUUGGCACUUUGCGAUAAAUAAGUGGGUUUUGGGUUGAAGUUUGGGCCCUCAGUCUCUAAAAGGUUCUCCAUCACUAGUAUAGUAUAGUAUAGUAUAGUAUAGUAUAGUAUAGUAUAGUAUAGUAUCAAGAUCAGAAAAGAGAAAGGCUUCUUUGUGUUUGUGAGGAGAUGAGAGUGUGUUUAACUCAAAUUAGACAUAAUAUAAAUGAGAUUGCCUGGCCAAAGCCUCUCACUGAGUUUGUAGACAUACUUAAGGUACAUAUUUAAGAGGCUUGUUUACUUUAUUUUGGGAAUUAUUCAUGUUCUUAUCUAGCUGCAUUGUUUUAUACUUUCUGGAUAUAGUAUGAUCUAUGAUCAUAUAAAGUAGUUGUGUUCUGUGUUAUAAAUCAAGCACUACUAGGAGUUAUUUCUUUUUGUUUCCCAAUGAAUUUCUUAUCAAAAAAUUUGGUGUGACAUGAGUAAAUUUUUAUUCUGAAAGUGUGGCCCAGAGUAAACAGUUUGAGAACCACUAAUCUAAAGAGUUCUAUUUAAGUCCAGAGUCUAAAAUUACUUAAGUUCACCCCUGGCCUGGCCUGCAAUAAGGUGGCUUCUGAUAGCAUAUCCACCCCCACCCAGAAAGCCCCAGCUCUGUUCUGCUUUGCUUAUGGAACUCAACCAUCUGGGUAUUUUUUCAGGGAGGAGGGAAUCAAAAUGUGAAGACGCACUGGAUUAUUUUGUGAGUAAUCUGGUUUGGUAAUGCUCCUGCCUUAAUAGUGCCCUUAAUUCAGCCUCUUGGGCAAAGGGCCCAUCUCUUGCAGAGCAAUGCAUUGGUGUGGGGGUGGGGAGGUGCUUGGCUUCCUGUCCUCCCUGCCCCCUCCCUCAGUAUUGAAAGAAUAAGUCAUCUGUCAGUUGCUGGAGGUUGUAAGUGCUCUUCCCAUCCAUGCAACCCGGGAUAAAGGAAGAGGCUCGACAGAGGCAAGUGGCGGGGGUGAGGGUGGGAGAGCUUUGUCAUGACUACGGUGGCUGAGAAUGUAGGCAAGGUGACGCUUGGCCGGAGUUAGUGACCUCAGCAAAUUGGAGCUUGGCCGUGGUCAGUAUGAUAAAUGAUCUCAUUCUUACGAGUGGAGUGGGGAGCGGAGAGGGAGGAAAGGAAGAAGAUAGGAGGGUGAUGUCAGGGUGAAAGCGGUAGUCCAUGGGGAGGGGGUCAGAGGAGGCAGUUGAAGGAUAGGUGCAGCACCUGCUCAGCCACCUCCUUAGUGACCAGCUUGACCAUCAUGAUGGUGCCUCUUUCAUAGCAUCAUAGAGUUGGAAGGAGGCCACAAGGGUCAUCUGGUCCAGCCCCCUGUAAUGGAAGAAUCUUUUGCCAAUAAUAAUAAUAAUAAUAAUAAUAAUAAUUUAUUAUUUAUACCCCGCCCAUCUGGCUGGGUUUCCCUAGCCACUCUGGGCGGCUUCCAACAAAAUACUAAAAUACAAUAACCUAUUAAACCUAUUAAAAAGCUUCCCUAAAAAGCCUUCAGGUGUCUUCUAAAAGUUUGGUAGUUUUUUUUCUUUUUGACAUCUGGUGGGAGGGCAUUCCACAGGGCGGGCGCCACUACCGAGAAGGCCCUCUGCCUGGUUCCCUGUAACUUGGCUUCUCGCAGGGAGGGAACUGCCAGAAGGCCCUCAGAGCUGGACCUCAUGGGACUGAGAUUAAGAGUCUCGUGCUCUUCUGACUGAGCUACCAAGACAGCAGUACUUCCAUUUUGUCUUGACUUCUGUGGCUUUUGUCUGAAUUGUCUCACCCUUCUUCUCCUACACACUUCUUCCACCCACUUUAAAGACUUUGGCAGGUAUCCGAUCAGGUCCAUUGGCUUUGUUGUUUUUCAUUUGUUUAAUAGCUGUACACAACUCUCCCAGAUUUGGAGAUACUGCAAGCUCAUCUCUAUAUUUGUUUUUGUGGAAUUUGUGAGAGGACCUUGGCAGCUACGGGGGAGUUGCGGUUAAGGAGAUGCUCGUAAUGUAGUACCGUCUGUUGAGCGUAGGGGGCAUAUGUCAUGAUUUUUUUGGCCCAAAGAGGGUCUUUGUGGCUUUAAAGAAACUGUGCAUCAUGAGUGUCAGCUAAGUACUGAAUCCCUUGAGCUUUUUUUAUCCACCAGGUGUUCUUUAGUUCUCUGGUUCUUCUUCGAACCUCAACCUUAGCAUUGGCAUAGAUUUUUUUCUUAGUGGCGUAGUUUAUAUCUUUUUGCCAGAUCUGAAAGGCCUUCCUUUUCUUGUCAGUUAUUGGUUCAGUCUCUCUGUCAUUCUCAUCAAACCAGUCCUGGUGUUUCUUGGUUUGGUAUCCAAUAGUUUGUUCACAGGCUGCAGUAAUGGAUAAAAAUAUGUGUGUGUGUGUGUGUGUGUGUGUGUGUGUGCGCGCACGCGCGCGCUUUAACUCUAUCAAUGUUUAAUUAUUUUUAAUGGGUUUUUUUCUGUGUUUUUUAGCUGUUCUUAGUUUUAUCUGUAAACCUCCUUGACUCCCUGUCAGGGAAAAGGGUGGAGCAUUAAUAUUAAUAAUAAUAUUUAUACUCCGCCCAUCCAGCUGGGUUUCCCCAGCCACUCUGGGCAGCUCCCAACAGAAACCCUUAGAGCGAUGGGGGUGGAGACACUCCUUCAGGUACACUUCAGGUAUAUAAUAAUAAUAAUAAUAAUAAUAAUAAUAAUAAAGGAACAUUGUUGCUUGUGGAUGAGCGUCUUUAAAAACAGGGAAAGUUGUGAAAAUAUGAAGGCAAGACUCCAAGACAAAAAACAUUCCACAUUGGCAACUUGUCACCUUCUUAAAAUCCUUUUAACAAAUUAUUUUCUCUCUCUUUCUUCUGUUGCUUCUCACCUGUCCAGUAGGAAAUGAACUGAUGUUAUCACCAUCUAAAAUAAAUUGUUCUUUGGCUGUCUCAGUCAAAUUGAUAGUAUGAAAAGAAAAACAGCCUGCCACCCAUUUCUUCUCUUUUUCCCACCCUUAAUGCUACCGCAACCCACAGUGCCCAUCUUCCUUGUCAGCUUUCUAAAUAGAAAGAUAAAGGAUGGAUUUUAAUAAGGAAUAGGGCAAAGACAAAGGGCUGUUGUUGAUUUUUCAAAGAAUGAGAGAGGAAACUGGCAAAGUAGUCUUCCUUGCUGGAGAUCCCCUCCUGUGGUUUCCAGCAGCAACUGGUAUUCAGAAGCGUGGCUGCCUUCAGGUGUGGAUCAUGGGUAGUAGCCCUGAUAGCCCUCUCCAGUGAUGAUGGUGGUCAUCACUGCCUUCCCAUGGGACCCAGUUCCAUAGUUGUAACUAUAUGUUGCAUGAAGAAGUACUUUCCUUUAAACUAGCAACUAAGAGGUUUCCCCUCCCCCCCCCGAAAAAAGUAGGUUAUUUUUUAAAAUGGGGAACAGGAGUGUAUUUGGGGGGGAAAGGAAUUGGUGAGCUUGGUUCGGCAUUGAUCACAAAUUCCUGGUUUGAACCGUUCUCAGAGGCAUGUAAAGUUCCUUAAUUCUUAGUGUACGUCCAUUUGUAUGAGCUGCCAUUUUAUAUUUCAGGGGUUCUCGUAAGAAUAAAGGGUGGUGUUUCAACCAUGUUUUACUCAAGAGGAGACCUGUUGAAAUUAAUGAGCAUGAGAGUGGAGAACUUAAAUUAAAAGAGUUUAAGGAUUUAUCAGGGAUGUUUACAACAUGGUUACAGUAUCAUCAUUUGAAUUAAUUUUUUUAAAAAGGAUAUGAAUCAGGGGUUUGGGGAACAGCUACCACAACUAGAGAGAGAGAGACCAAUUAAACUAUAAUGUUAAAGUGAUGUCUAAAAUGUAUGAGAUGUUAUCGGAAUAGGACACAAAAGAUGAAAGAGUGAAAUCUUCAAUGAUACAAUGGGCAAUAAUAUAGAAAUGGAAGCAUGGGAAUGAUUAUGGAAUAUGGGUAUAAAAUUUACAGCAUGUUAUGGUUUAAGAGAAAAUUAUAUGAAAAUGUUAUAUAGAUGGUACCUAACAUCCAGUAGAUUGGCAAAAGUAUAAAUAAAAAUAAAAAAGUGUUGGAAAUGUAAAGAAAAAGAAAGUACCUUUUUCCAUAUGUGGUGGUCUUGUAAUAAGGUCAAAGCUUACUGGGAAAUGAUAUAUAAUGAAUUGGAAAAGAUGUUUAAGAUAACAUUUGUUAAAAAACAAAACCCAAAAGCUUUUCUUUUGGAAAUUAUGGGAUCAGAACAACCUAAACAGUAUAGAAAUUUAUUUAUGUAUGUGACCACAAAUAGAAUGCCCAAAAAUGGAAGGAUGAAGAGGUCCUGAUGAGAGAAGAAUGGUUACAGAAACCAUUCUUACUGGAAGAAUAAGAAAUCAAGAUAACAAACUUUUUAGAAAGGAAUAGAAAUGGUUUAUUGAGUAUUUAGAAACAAAGUGUAAACAGAUUGUAAAAACCUGCAGUUUCAAAUAUAUAUAUAUAUAUGAGCUGUAUGUCAGAAUAGAUAAAUAAAAGAAUAAGUUAAGAUAAUUUGGAGCACGCAGGAAAGGUCAAAAAUAAAUGUAAAGAACCACAGAAAGAGGGGGAAGGGAGUUGGAGUCAAAAAUGUUAAAAUUAUGAUUGAAUAAUUCUUGUAAUGCAUAUAAAUGAAAAAUAUUUUUUUAUUAAAAAAACAAAUUAAUGAACAUGACUAAGUCAGUCCCAUUGAUUUCAGUGGGUCUACUCUGAAGAAAACUUCAUUGAAUACUGCCAAAAGUAGAUCCCACAAACCUGAACCAAAAGCCACCCUGCCAUUGCAACAGAAUCCAUCAUUGAGAAGAAUGAAACAUGAACAAACGUUGUGUAUACUACGCAUGGUCAAAAGGCAGGACAACAUGUCCAUGGACUGCUUGCAUUUGGAAAUCCCAACCGCUACCUUUCCCCCCAGGGAUGCGGGUGGCGCUGUGGUCUAAACCACUGAGCCUCUUGGGCUUGCUGGUCAGAAGGUCGGCGGUUCGAAUCCCUGAGGUGGGGUGAGCUCCCGUUGCUCAGUCCCUGCUCCUGCCAACCUAGCAGUUUGAAAGCAUGUCAAAGUGCAAGUAGAUAAAUAGGUCCCGCUCCAGCGGGAAGGUAAACGGCGUUUCCGUGUGCUGCUCUGGUUUACCAGAAGCGGCUUGGGCAUGAUGGCCACAUGACCUGGAAGCUGUAUGCCGGCUCCCUUGACCAGUAAAGCGAGAUGAGCGUCGCAACCCCAGAGUCGUCUGCGACUGGACUUAACUGUCAGGGGUCCUUUAUCGUUCCCCCACCCCCCACCGUGGCAUUUGAGUAGUGUGCUUUGCAGAGGAGAAGUGGGUUGGAAGUGGGUGCUUUACCCCUUCCACAGCUGCCUCUUCACUUUCCCUUUCUAUUUUUAUUUCUAGUUCCCCUUCCCCACCUCCUCAGGCCAGGGUUCUGGAUGUGUGCAUGGGGUGCUUAUAAAAUGAGACUGGAGUUGGUGUGAGAUGAUGGGGUGCCCCUGCAAAUACUUGAAAGCAAUGAGGUGGCAUCAACCUGGUCGUCCAGCGUCCUUUUGCAGGUAGCUCCUUCCGCUCACUAGCAUUACUGCAGUGACAACUUUCCUUUCUUAAUCAGCUUUUAUCUGGGUAGGAAGAAAUGUUAGCAAUACUGUGUUCUGAUUUCAUAUGGGCAGAAAAUGUUAUUGGGCACUGCUGCUAAAGCACAAUCCAAAUUAAUUCUUUCUUUUCUUUUUCUCCCCCAUCCCCCACCCCACCCCUCAAAAAAAUUAUUGCAGGGGAUGUUCGAAACCUGCUGGUGUGGAUUAAAGAGAACCUGUUGAAAGAGAGGCCGGAACUGUUUGUGCAGGGAGAUUCUGUGUAAGUAACUGUGAUUGCCCAGAAAUCGUCCUGUUCUGGAUGUCCCCAGGAAGGCUGGACAUGAAGGCAGCUGUCCCCUCCACUUGUUUGCCUCCCCCACCUUAAAAAUCAACCAGUAUUUAGAGCAGGGACAGCCAGAUGUUGUUGGACUACAAUCCCCAUAGCCCUUUACCAUUGGCUUAGGCUGAUGGGAGUUGGAGUCGCAACAACUUCUGCAAGUCACCAUGUUGGCUGUUCCUGAUUUAGAGGGAUGCUGUGACUCCAUUUAGCUGUUGGUGGAUUCCUUGUGCUCCAUGAAAUUGCCUUACUCCAUAGUCCUAGGCAUGCCUACUCCCACAUAAAGCCCCCUGCAUUCACUGGGGUUUGUUCCCAUUUACAAGGGGGUACAGCAGGGGUGGGGAACCUCUAGCUCAGGGCCCAAAUGGAGCCCCACAAGCUCCUACCCAGCCAGCGCCAACCCCUUUCCCCAGGGUGCACACACUCCCAGAGUGUAUUUUGCUUGGCUGAGAUUUGUCCUUUACUUCUGAGGGUGCAUUCUGCUUCCCUGGAUAGAGAGGGGAGAGAGUGGUGAGGGUUGGGGUAUAGCCUACUGUACACAGCUGAAAAAUGCAUUUGUUUCUCCACCCACUUUUGCCUCUGGCCCCACCCACCACUGGCAUAUGGCCCUUGGAACAUUGCUCUAAAGGGAAUGCGGCUCUCGGACUAAAAAAAAAAAGCCCCCAACCCCUGGGAUAUCGCAUUGCAGCAUUUAGUCACCUUUUCUAAAGCCAUCUAGAUGGGUGGCCUUUAGCAAAUCCUGAGCCAGCAAAUGCCUUGUGUGCAGGCUGUGGAAUUUCUGCAGGUAGCCCUGCUAGUACGGCAGAAAAAGGAAAAUAAACCCCUCAUAUUAUUCUUAUGGGCUCGGUCAACCAGCACCCCACUUUAGCAUCACAUGACGUCCUGUGCUUUCUGCCACCUAUGUUCACACAGGCGCCGCCUCUGUCUUUUCAAGACGGAAGUGCUGACUAGCAGAGCCUUCCUGGGAGUCCUCCCCCACCCCCUGCCAUCCUCUAGGAGCAGGGAAGAGCCCUCCUCUGCAGCGAGUGGGGGCGGCUGCGUACUUAACAUUCGUCACUGCUCUGUGGUGAGCUGGAGCGUGCGCCAAGUCCCCUGGCAGCGACAAUUGUUGGCAGUCAGAAGAGAGGGAAUCCCUCUGUCUCUGAUCCAAGGCUUCACAGUUGAUCCUGGCUGUUUACAGCCAUUUAGCGAAGUGGCUGCAGUUGCUCACUCUGGCCGCAUUAACCUGCCCCUGUGCUCGAUUUGCAGGGAACAGAUUUCAAUUACGGGACUGGGCUGCGUGGUGUUGAGAAAAAGCUGCCGCUGGUUCACAGCCAGCUUUGGGGCAAUUUUCCUCUGCAUUUGGUCUUCCUCUCCAAGCUUUCAAUGGGCAGUCCCAUCACCUCCAUUUUGCAGUUUCUUCCAUUUAUUUUAAUUCAUUACACCCCCUCCCCUUCAGAACACUUUGUGGAACAGAAGGGAUUAUUUUGUGGGAGAGGGGAAAGUGCCAUUUCGGUCAGCCCCCCCACCCCACCCCCUGCCUCACAUACACACAAUCCCAAGAGGGUGUUGUAGAGCCAGCAAAAAGACCACUGAAAUGGCAAAGAAGCUGGAUCACCUUUCCUAUGAAGCAAUGCAGGGUUUGGGGGGGGUAAUUUGUAGAGGGGGUUAGAUUCAGUAUUUUGUGGUGGAUCAUGAGUGUCUGUAAACUGCUUUGGGAACCUAUCUUGGCUGAGAAGUGGUGGCAUAAAUAAAUAAACCUUGAGCCAUUUGAUGAAUUGGGGAAAUGAUGUAUAUUUAGCACACAAGCUAUACACAAGCAUAGGAGCAAGUAAUGGUCAUUGUUGGAUGUAUUCUGUGAUUACACCAUGCCAGCGUGAAAUUUGGUAUUGAAUGCAGAUUUCAUGAUCCUUAAUCUCUGCAGUUGUUUUAAAGACAGAAUAGAGCUAGUCUGUGGAACAUAUGAUGUCAAAAAAGCAGGGCAUUCUCUGUUUGUGUAUCUCUCAAACAUUUGCAUUGUUAUAUGCAUACUACCACUAGUAGUGCUAAUAAUAAUAAUAAUAGGGAGGUGAAGAUAACCUAAGCUCGAAAAAUGCUAAGGCAACAUCUAGUGAUAUCUCAUUUGCUGAGCAGGUACUGAGUUUUCGGCAGUAAGCAGAUGAGUACAUGGCAGGAGAAGGGGAAGGGCCAUAGCUCAGUGGCCGAGCAUGAGCCUUGCAUGUAGAAAGUCCCAACUUCAAUCUCCAAUGGUAUCCCUAUUUGACAGUAACAGAUCAUUCCCAUCAGUAAGUAGAAUUUGUCUUGAUGGAGAAAUAGUCUGACCAGGUGUAAGGCAGCUUUUCAGAUGCUGUACAUUUUCAGUCACAACUCUGCAAGCAUGAGAUCCAGAAACUUCAGAAAUGAAAGCUUAUACAGUGGUACCUCGGGUUACAUAAGCUUCAGGUUACAGACGCUUCAGGUUACAGACACUUCAGGUUGCAGACUCCGCUAACCCAGAAAUAGUACCUCGGGUUAAGAACUUUGCUUCAGGAUGAGAACAGAAAUCGUGUAGCAGCAGCAGGAGGCCCCAUUAGCUAAAGUGGUACCUCAGGUUAAGAACAGUUUCAGGUUAGGAACAGACCUCCAGAAUGAAUUAAGUUCUUAACCUGAGGUACCACUGUAUAGUUCUCAGCUACUUAAUUGCCUUUUUCUGCAUUGUGUUUCAAAUUUUGCUUAAAAUUGUGCUUGCAUUUUGGCAGGCAGCAGACACCAUUCAUUCUGUGAUCAUUCCACUCCCUAAGAAUUGGCAGGUGUUAAUCUGAAGUUUGGAGUUCUUUAUCAAUCAAAAGGCUUUUCAUCAUUUCUGGGAAGAGGAGAAUGUAUGAACCCAAGGUCUGAAAGUCUUUUGCUCAGAGAGCACAAUGACCCAGAGCAAAAUCUGGCUUAAAUAAUGAAUAUAAUGGGAGAUGUUUGGCUGUGGUACAUGUGAAAAUGAUAUCGGGAUGACUUGGUAGUGUUUUAGUUUACUGUUGUAAGCCAUAUUAAAGUCAUUUUGAAGAGAUGGAGGAUAUUUUUUUCUUUUUAAAAUAAGCUUUAACUGCAGUAAAUCACAAGCUGAACAUGAUGCUGAAAAAAGAAAAAGAAAAGUUGAAUGUGAUUUUAGGCUGCACAGGCAGCUCUCAAGUCACAAGAAGGUAACCAAUCUGGUCCUCUCUUUUGGACGCCACACUUUAAGAGGGAUGUAGACAAAUAUCCUUUCAGGAGUUCCAGAGGACUGCAGUAAUAGUACAGUUGCAUACUCAGUUAGAGUAGACUCAGAGUUGGAUACGACCUGUAUGAAAAACAAGUCCAGCAAGGAAAUGUUGAAUGAACUGGGCAUAUUUAGCCUAGAGAAGACAAGACUGAGGAGAGAUGUGGUGGUGUCAUUUUGGCACGAGAGGACUGUUGUACAGAAGAAGGCAAAGACUAGCUCUAAUAGACUUAAGUUACAGGAUGACUGAUGUGGGCUGAGCAUUAGGAGAAGCCUCUUAAUUGCAAAUUAAGAGUUCAACACUGGAACUAAUUUCUUAGAGUUGGACUCUCCCUCACUGGAUGUUUCCAUGCAGACGCUGGACAGCUGAUGACUAGGUCUGCUUUGAAUGCUCUAGAUCUCUGGAUUUCCUGCCUCAAGGAAGGGACUUGACCUACAAGACACCCUCUAGAUCAGUGGUGUCCAAAGUCCAUUUAGGGGGCCUAAUCCAGCCCACCAGUCGGUUUAAUCCUGCCUCUGUGGCAAUUUAUUUACUGGAGUAAAAUCCUAAAAAAAGCUGCUCAACAACUGGGGUAAAAUCCUAAGAAAAGCUCAACAACUUUGGGGUAAAAUCAUAAAAAACUGCUCAACAACUUCAAUCCUAAAAAAAGGUUAACAAUUUUGGUUCGCCUUUUGGUCGGCCCUCACAGCCCUUCACUUCAUCAAAUCUGGCCCUCUUUGAAAAAAGUUUUGACACCCCUGCUCUAGAUCUAUGAUUAGUACCUUUCCUAAUUGGCCCACCUAGCUCAGUGUAGUCUACAUAACUGACUUGCCAGGGUUUCAGGUAGGGAGGUGUCAGGGAUCGAACUUGGAGCCUUCUGCAUGCAAAGCAGGUGCUCUCCCACUGAGCGACAGCCCUUCCCCUCCUCCUCCAGAGACUUAUUCCCUGUUCUGUCAACAGCUUCUCUGUUUUGUUGCAGGCGGCCUGGAAUCUUGGUGCUGAUCAAUGAUGCAGAUUGGGAGUUGAUGGUUUGUAUGGAUUCUGCCAUUUGGGGAUCUUGUUUAUUUGGAACUGUGUUGCAAAUUCUCUUGCCGACCAUUGUUAGAGUGACUGGAUCCCCUCAACUUCAGGGAGGGAGGAAAUGGUGCCUGGAUUUCUGAUCUUUUGUGUACGACUACCUCAGUUUUGUAAUUGUAAUGAGAUGGUUUUUAGUAGUGUUUUUAUGUUUUUUAAAUUUUGUGUAUGAGCUGCUUCAUGCCAAGAAAUGUGGUGCAUAGACACCAGAACUAAAUAAAAUAUUUUGUGGGAUUCCUAGAGGCAUUCCUACUACUACUACUAGUAGUAGUAAUAAUAAUAAUAAUUUAUUAGUGCAUCUUGGAUUAUUAUUAUUAUUAACAUUUAAAAUUAUUAGGACACCUUGAAUUUGGCCUGAAAAUGAACUGACAUCUGACUGGCCGCAGUGCAAAACAGGUUUCUGGUCUAGUUUUGGCUGCUCUUACUAUAAAAGCAACAGAAGCUAAAGCAUUAAGAUGUCAAUGUAUAGAGCAAGGAUGGGGAACAUAUGUGGCUCUCCAGAUCUUGCUAGACUCCAGCUCUCAUCAUCACUGACUGUUAGCCAGACAAGCUAAUAGAGGUUAAAGUCCAACAACAUCUGGAAAGCUGAACACUUCCCAUUUCUCAUAUAAAGUAAAUGAUACAGAAAUCAUUCUCAUUUUGCUUUCUUUUUCUUCAUUCAGGGGGAGCUGGACUAUCUGCUCCAAGACCAAGAUAACGUUGUUUUCAUCUCCACCUUGCAUGGUGGUUAG